CGACGCCAUGGCGACGGCACAACGACACUGCAAGACCCAAUAGAAAAAGCGAAAAAAAAACACCGGCGCUCCACACAGUAUUUUGGGGAUAUAAUAUGAGGGAGUGUGACAUUAGUCGAUUUCGUUGCAUCUGACACGUUUUUGUGCUUUUUCAAAUCAUCAGGCCAGUCCAUGGUGUUCAGGUCGCAGCUAGAGCUGUACAGCGCUCUGCCUCUCCUGCCAAACUCAACCGAGAGCGCGUUUCUCUUCCUAGCCAGCUCCCAGCCCCAAGAAGAGUUGUCAAUGUUCCAGCUACCGACCAUCAAUUUCACUCCGGAGCAAGUGGCCAGCGUUUGCGAGACGCUGGAGGAAACGGGAGACAUCGAAAGAUUGGGACGUUUCCUUUGGUCUUUACCUGUGGCGCCGGGGGCAUGCGAGGCAAUCAACAAACACGAGUCGAUCCUCAGAGCCCGGGCGGUUGUAGCCUUCCACACGGGCAACUUCCGAGACUUGUACCACAUCCUGGAGAACCACAAGUUCACCAAGGAAUCGCACGGCAAGCUUCAGGCGAUGUGGCUCGAAGCGCACUACCAAGAGGCCGAGAAAUUGAGGGGUCGCCCACUGGGGCCGGUCGAUAAGUACCGCGUCCGUAAGAAGUUUCCCUUGCCCCGGACCAUCUGGGACGGCGAGCAGAAAACGCACUGUUUCAAAGAGAGGACCCGCAGCUUGUUGCGAGAAUGGUACUUGCAGGACCCAUACCCAAACCCUUCCAAAAAAAGGGAACUGGCCCAGGCAACCGGCCUCACGCCGACUCAAGUAGGGAACUGGUUUAAAAACCGUAGGCAGAGAGACAGAGCGGCCGCCGCCAAAAACAGGCUGCAACAUCAGGCAGUCGGACAGAGUGGGGUUUGUACGCUAUCGGAGGCGGGCUGCACUGCUCACAGCGCGGCGGAAUCUCCGUCCACAGCCGCCAGCCCUACCACCAGCGUGUCCAGCAUGACAGAGCGAGCCGAGACGGCCACGUCCAUCCUAUCGGUAACCUCCAGCGACAGUGAAUGUGAUGUAUGAUACAAAAGAGAGAGAAAUAGAGAGAGACACACAAACUCGUAAUGCAUUCACAGAGGAAUAUGGACCUGAGAUGAAAGACAAACAUUAAAAAAAAGACAAUUUAAUGACAAUUUUUAAAAGACAGAAAUAAAACAGAUUCGAGAAGAAAAGAAAGUGGCCGAACAGUAAAAGGACGAGCACAUCUGAUCCAGCGUUUUCCAUGGAGGCCCCCGUAUUGCAUGAUGUAUUUUAUAUCUGAGGAAAUAAUAAUCUACAUUAAUAUUUUUUACAAGGAACUGCAAUGAAGAGGGAAUGAGAAAAUUUUCGUCGCCUUUGUUGCUCUCUAUAGUCCGAGUGCUGGUCAGACCCCCCGAAGCCAAGCUGCAAUCGUUUUUUCUGUUCUGCAGACAAUCAUUUUUCGUAAGCACCUUUUUCUACACUUCUGUUACUGCCUAUGUGGGUACUGGUUAUGUGAAAGAAUAGUUAUGACUGUAACAGAUUUUUAUUUUUAUUUCAAAAUUUUAUAUGAAUUAUGUAUAUCUAAUGACGCGAUCAUCCUCCCAGUUUGUAAUAUAUGUGUAGAAAUGCCUGUAUAUGAAAUGCUUCUGUUUCUCCUUCUUUCUCUAUCUUUCUGGAUCACAGACUCAGUGUUUUUAUGCAUAUUGUGUGAAGCGUCUGACGAAAGUGCUAGGUUCUCUACAAAAUGGGUGGUUGGGGUAAAGCCCAGCUGGAUAGAUCUGUUGCGAUGUAACUUUAUGCAAAGUGCUAUUUUGGGUAUUUUCAGUCAGAAUGAAGUUAUAUUAUAUCACUCCCCUUCAUGUUGGGCGCUUAUUAGUCACUGUUUCUUCAACUGCGUGUUUAUCUAUAUGUAAAAAAAACCUUUCUAACUCAAAAUAUAGUAUUCCGUUUUCUUAUACCUGCUGGCUUGUCGUGUCUUUCUCUUCAAAGUAUUUAAUGGUUCGAAAUACUUAUCCGUAGACAUUUAGUAAACGGCGCAUCGUGUUCGCUGAGACGCCAAAGCGGAAAACAAGACCUAUUUGUCUUUUUUUUUUGCUGAUUUUUUAAAAAUCGAAGUUUUUAACGUUAUAAAGGUUAACAUCACGCAUUUACGUAAUUUCUGUAUUUGUGUCAUUUCAAAGAUCAGGGGGAAAGAAAGCUACACAUGCGUUUUUUCCCCAUCGGUAGACUAUUUCCACAAAGUAACCCCAUCCGAGGAACAUGUUUUCAGCAAUUGAUAUAGACUGAUUAUACAAGAAAUGUGGGUUGAGACACUAACUUCCUCCUAUUUAUGGCGGUAAAUGAAAACAGUAAAUACGGGGACUCGCCAUUUAAUCAGCUAAUCAUAUUACAGCUCCUCCCCGUGAAUCUUAAGUUCAUUGUGAAGUGUUGAAAGAAGUCUUUAUUUGCAUGACUAACAGUCCACCACCAGCACCUUUGCACUAAUGUCGUUCAUUGCCCCGGGCUGUUAAUUCAAGCGUGAAUUAAAAAUAGAACUGAGCCCUGAACUUGUUUUCACUUGUGAAGUUUUUGAAAUCUAUCCCUGUGUGCUUUGGAUAUCUGAUCGAGAAUUUCCGUGACGAGUUUUUCUGGCAACUAAAACGAGAUUUAAAUGAGGCCCAACGGUUAACUGAAGAAAAUAGCAAGCAGGACUAAACGAUAGACGGUUUUGCAAUUUGAUUAAUAAACAUUGAUUAAUUUUGAUUACACAGAGGUAUACACAUGCAUCUAUAUUAUGUAAACAUGAGGAUACAUUUGUAAUAAAUAUCAUAGACAUAAAGGUAUGGAUGACACAGUGGUAAGCCUCCCAAACUUUCCGAAGUUAUGAAUGCUGAUUAGGGACAAGUUGGUUUUGUGUCAUUUUAUCACUGGAGUGAUUCCUACUUUCUUAUUUCGCAACAAACGUAACUCGUAUUCAUUUUCUUGGUAUAACUACAAUCUCACAAACCAAAAACAAAAAAAUAAUAGAUGUAGCCAUUUAUGUGCGAUUAUUUGGAUUUUUCAUGAAAAGUUCGUGUUCGCCGCCAAUCUUUUUAACUACUUGGCAACGGCGCGUUUCAGUAUGCGCUGGAUGGUGACAAUUGAAUCUUUUGGAGCUGUUGUUUGUGUGCGAGGAACGUAAUCUUUCCG